GCCCAGCUAGACGAAAGGCCAUGAGCUCCACGGACCACGGCUCAAGCCCUACCGUCUCCGCCUCGUGCUGCAUCUCCAGAGCCGCUGGUUCUGCUGCCCCGCUACCCAGCUGGCCUCUGCCCAGGACUGAUGGCCACCAUGAGGGAGUACUAUGAAGUGCUGUGCAUUCCCUGUGACGCCUCUGACGAGGACAUCAAAAAGGCGUACAGGAAGGCGGCGCUGAAAUGGCACCCGGAUAAGAACCCGGAGAACAAGGAACACGCCGAGCGGAAGUUCAAAGAGAUCGCGGAGGCCUAUGAAGUGCUGUCGGACAAGAGCAAGCGCGACCUCUACGACCGCUACGGCAAGGACGGGCUCACGGGGGCCGGUGAGGGACCGAGGGCUGAAGAUGGAGCCCCUGGAUUUAUGUUCCACUUUCGCAGCCCCCAUGACAUCUUCAGAGAGUUCUUUGGGGGACAAGAGCCUUUCUAUGGUGAGUGGAAGCCUCAGCUCCUGUGGGACCAGCUGGCCCAACCCCCUGGGAGAACCUCUGGACCCUUCAACUCCAACAUCAACGCAGGAAAAGGCUUCCACUUCUUCUCUACCUCGACCAAGUUCGUCAAUGGCAAACGCGUCACAACCAAAAGGACUGUGGAGAACGGGCAGGAGCAGGUGGAAAUUGAAGAGGACGGAGAGCUGAAAUCUGUCCACGUCAAUGAGUCAGCCGGUGAGCAGCUGCUUCGACAAGGACAGGAGCAGAGCUGUCUCACGGCCGAGGACCGGUCUGGCCUCUAG